CGUCACAUCCUGGGAAUGCCGAAAGCGCUCUCCUGCCUCAGAAUGGCAGCGCGCGCGGCCCUCCGGCCUCCCUUUUUCUCUCAGUCGCCUUAACGGUCCGAGCGAGUGAGGAAGGCAGAGAAACACGGCCUCCCUCCUCUCACCGCCGCCAACUCCCAGCCCAGAAAGCAGGGAAGGAAGAGUUAAGGCCGCCUCAGGAAAGGGCCGUGUGCAAAACGUCGGGCGGAAGUGACGUUCCCUGCCGGCCUUCGUUUGGGUGGGCGGAAGAGGCGGAAGAGACUUCCGUUUCCGGGAGAGGCACUGGAGGGGGAGGAGGAGGGGGAGAGAGAGUCGAGCGGGGUCUCCCCGCUCUCCCUGCUCUGGAGCUUCCUUCGCCGCGGCCAUGGAGUUCCCUGGAGGAAAUGAGAAUUACCUGGCAAUCACUGGGACAGCCCAUCCCUUCUUGUCAGGAGCUGAGACUUUCCACACACCAAGCUUGGGGGAUGAAGAGUUUGAGAUCCCUCCCAUUGCGCUGGACGCCGACCCUUCCCUGGCUGUCGCUGAUGUCGUUGGACAUUUUGACGACUUGGGCGACCCUGUGACUGCUCCAGAUGCCACCUUCUCAGCCCAGUAUGGGGUGCAGGCACUUGACAUACCCGUGGGCAUUAGCCACAGCCUCAUGGAGCAAAGCGGAGGGCUGUUGAGCAGUGGGUUGUCCAUGGACUUGGAUCAUCCCAUGGGGACUCAGUAUAGCGCCAAUCCACCCGUCACCAUCGACGUGCCUAUGACCGACAUCGGCUCCAGCCUCAUGGGACAUGGGCAGCUGACCACCAUUGACCAGUCAGAACUCAGCUCUCAGCUGGGCCUCAGCCUGGGAGGUGGAUCCAUCCUACCUCCUGCGGCCCAGUCUCCUGAGGAGCGGCUCUCCCCAACUCCCUCACCUGCCAGUUCCAUGCCUGAGGAGGAACCAGAAGAGAUCAGGCGGCAGGUUUCUAUUGCUAAGCCAACUAUCACAGCGUCUAUAGUGCCCAUGCAGGUUACACUUCCCACAGUGGUUCUGGAAGCAGCAAAAAAGCAGAAACCAACCAAGAAGCAGAAAAAAAAGAAAGACCCCAACGAGCCUCAGAAGCCCGUCUCGGCUUAUGCCUUAUUCUUCCGCGACACUCAGGCAGCCAUCAAGGGGCAGAACCCCAAGGCCACCUUUGGCGAAGUCUCCAAGAUCGUGGCCUCCAUGUGGGACAGCUUGGGGGAGGAACAGAAGCAAGUGUACAAGAGGAAAACAGAGGCAGCAAAGAAAGAAUAUUUAAAAGCAUUGGCAGCCUAUCGUGACAACCAAGAGUGCCAGACGGUUGUCGAAACAGCAGAGCCGGAUCCAGUCUCCUCACCGCCUGAGCAGGUGGCCCCAGUUGUGGAGUCCACUUCUCCGGCUCCGGUGCUGCCUACCCCACCGUCCCUCGAGAGCCCCCCACCUCCUCCGACCAUCGUCUCCACCCAGCCCACCGUGGUGGUGACCUCUAGCGCGGGGCCCCAGGUGGCCGGCCAAACCAGCAUUACCAAGAUCAUCAUCCCCAAGCAGAUGCUGCCCUCCUCGUUGGCGGUGUCAUCACAAGGGGGUGUGGUGACAGUUAUCCCCGCCACCAUGGUGACCUCGCGGGGCAUCCAGCUGGGGCAGCUGCAGGCCGGGACGGGAACCACCCAGAUUGUCACCCGGUCAGUGCUGGCCGCAGCUGCCGCAGCAGCAACAUCCAUGCAUCUUCCACGCCUCCAGCCCCCACCCCUUCAGCAGAUGCCCCAGCAGCCCCCGACCCAGCCGGUCACCAUCCUGCAGCAGCCUCCACCCCUCCAGGCCAUGCAGCAGCCCCCCUUCCAGCAAAAGGUGCGCCUCAACCUCCAGCAGCCUCCGCCCCCCUUACAGAUCAAGAUCCUGCCCCCGCCUGCCCUGCAGAUCCAACCCAUUGCCCUGCGGACAGAAGAGAGCAGCCCUGAGAGGCCCAGCACUGAGCUUCAAACGUCUCCAGAGGCUGUGGAUGUGGUGCCAGAGAUGGAGUCUCCAACACAGAUGCACGUGGAGUUGGUGUCCGAAUCACCAGUGGCCAUGUCCCCCCGGCCUCGCUGCAUCCGGGUGGGCUGUGACAACCCUCCUGUGGCCAACAACGACUGGGACAAUGAGUAUUGCAGCAACGAAUGCGUGGUUAAACACUGCAGGGAUGUCUUCCUAGCUUGGCUGGCCUCCCGCAAUUCCAACAACAAUGUUGUCUUUGUGAAAUAACCUCCAGCCUUUUGGUUGGAGAGGAACAGAGAGCACGGCCGAUUUUGCGUCCCCAUGCGCACUUUUUCCUGAGGACGCCUAAAAACGGAUACAAGAAUCGCCAUGCAACUUUGGGGCGGGAAGGGGACGUGGCGGAAUUGUACACGAGUUGGAGACCCUCUGCAGGAGAUGAUUUCAUUUUUGGGGGGUGGGAGGGAAAGGGUUGGAUGCCGCUGCAGCCGUCCCCCGUUAUUUUUUUUCUAUAUAUUAUCCCUUGAUAUGUUUCUCUUGAUGGAGUCGAUUAAAAGCUGGACAAGGGAUAUUGGAA